UCAGUCUCUGCUGGUUAGAGGGGUUAACAUCACUGCAGUCUUUGCUGUCAUUUUACCACUGAGAUUCGGAUUCAGAUUUGGUCCACCCGUUUUUUUAAGGAUACAGACUUCUUCAGCCUUUAAUGCGGAUUUCAUUUUGGAUCAGCAUAUGGGAAUUUUCUCAGUUUGGUGACUGACGAUGUUGAGCAUUUCAACUUUUAAGUAACUUUUAAACAGCUGGCGAAUCCAUCUCGUCUGUUUCAGAUGCAACAGUACUGCUGAUGAUCUUACACAAAUGUAUUAUGUAACCAGAGGAGGAUUUGUGAGCUGCUAACCAGUUCCAGCUGAUCAGCAAACUAAACACUCAACCAUGUCAGUGAGGAUGUUUCAUUCCUAUAAGUCACACUGGCCCCUGCUGUUGUUUGUAGCUCUGUGGAGCCUCUGCUACCCAAGUUUGCUUACCGCCUGGCCGGGCAUCGGUCGCAGCAAGCCCAAGGAUCAGCUGGACCCAAAUGUGAGGGACUGGGGAGACUAUUCAGACCUCCCUCCGGGGAUCGAGCAGGGGUUGGGGUUGGAGGAAGAACAUGUAGACAACAGACGAGUCGUAGAGUCAUCAUUGAGCCUGGCUCCAGAGCUGGAUUUCCUGGCUGACUUUGCAGGUAAAAAGCGACUGUGGGUGAUAACAGCCCCAUCACACAAUGACAACUACCUUCGUAUGAUGGAAAAACAGCUGGAAGACAUGGAGCAGAAAGGGUUAAAUUGCCGUCUCGCAGAAAGAGACACAUUCAUCAUUACCAUCAUCCAGAACGCAAUGAUGGAGGGUCGAGUCCAGAAAACAACUUUCCAAGGAGAGGCCACAGUAGAGAGCCUGGACCCUGACACAGUUAGCAAACUGCUGCACUACCUGGAGCUAACUGGCCAGGAGGAAGGGUUCACCAUGCUGGUUAUGAAGAAAAACCUUCGGGUCAGCGAACGCUUCCCGUAUCCGGUUCGUGUAGAGGCGAUUUUGGAGCUCAUUGAUCAGUUCCCCGUGAGGAAGCUGGAGAAAAUGACAAGAAAAGGAUCCAACUUGAGGUGCAGAACCUCUAAAAAAAAGGUUGUGAUGAAAAGGAAAAUGACAAAGAAGAAGAUCGUACUGAGCCCUCAGAGGCGAGGGAAUGUGACUUCAAUUAUGGCAAUACAAAGAAAACCUCCUCUGGACAAAAAAGCUGCCCUGAAGAGUAAGAUCCAGGACAUACUGAGUGGACGGUCAAGGUUUGUUAUCCGUAAGGCGCCUAUAGUGGGGUCCACGAAGGGAAAGGACUUGAGCAGUGGUAGUCGGGCCACUUCUAACGGACAAGAAAAAGUGCACAGCCCUCCACCUGCUCCACCUGUGUCAAAGAGCAAUGAAGAAGUAAAGAAAGUCAGGCCUGACCCCGCUGUGGAAGAAGGGAAGAGAAGACAUGGAGAGAAAAACAGAGAAGAUAAAAAAGAGCAGAAUGUAAAGGAUAACACACAGGAAAAGCAGAGCUCCAAGAAAAAGGGUAAAGGGAAGAAAGGGAAGAAAGGGAAAGGAAGAGGGAAAAAGUCCAACAGAGAGGCCAGCGAGAAGGAUAAAGCAGCCCUGAAGGAGUUUUUGGACGGUUUAAAGGGCAAAAGAAGGUUAAUGUUGAUCGCAACGCCCAGCAGAGAUGCAACACUGUACAUCCAGCAGAGGGACGACAACGACAAGCAACACUGUGACCUUGCAAUUAGGAAGAUCACCGUGGCAACCAUUGUGGGCGAAGGAAGUCACGCCUCGCUCACGCUGCAACACCACCAGCUCGAGUCGGAGCCUCCACUCAGUGACCAAUCGGAUCGUUUCUCAGAUUCAGGCCUGAUCUCUCUGUUGAGAGCAGAGCUCGGCCUGUCGUCCCCUGACCUCUUUUCCAUGACUGUCACAGACUACGACAUCAAGCCCAGUAGAGUCUUUGAGGCUCCUCCAUCAGGUCCUGCUCUGUUCGAGUACAUUGACAACUUUCCCUCAAGGCGCUCAGAAAAAGAAAAGGAAAGGAGGAGUCCUCCGUCCUGCUCCAAAGGCAGGCAAAAUCCUGGAGCUGAGAAUUCACUGCUUAGGUUCAUGUCUAAGAGGAGACUGCUGCUCAUCUCCGCUCCAUCUAAGGACGACUACUUCUUCCAGCAGCAGCUCUCUGCUCUCAGCGGACAGGAGUGUCACCUGGGUAUUCGCCACUUUGCCAUGUUGAAGCUGACUGGAACUGGAGACAAAGCAUCAGGAACUGUUGAACUCUUUCCUCUAAAUGGGCGUAGUCAGAGUGAGGUGGAGCCGUUAUCCCGGGACAUGGUCAACAAUCUGAGAGAACAGCUGAAGAUCAGUAAGGACUACUUCAGCAUGCUCGUUGUGGGGAAGGAUAGCGAUGUCAAGGCGUGGUUCCCGUCACCCAUGUGGUCCCUGGAUAACAUCUACGACCUGGUGGACUCCAUGGAGCUGCGCCACCAGGAGGAGAAGCUGCAGAAGAGACUGGGGAUCCACUGCCCUGAGGACAGAGGGAGAGGAGGCAGUGAGGGGGGGCCUUAUCACGGCUACGACGAAGACGGGCUGGAUGAGACGUACUUGUAUCACCGGUCAGAGGAAUAAUGAGACAAGAGGAAGAAGAUUCAGUUGUGUAAAGAAAGCAAGCUCAUAAACAAAGACCUUGAAAACUUAUCUGCAAGACUCACACGAGCAGGACUCACAUCUUCACAGACCCACAAUUAUUAAGCUGUAUAUUUUAUGUUUGCAUAUAAUAAAUUUCAAAAGCAGAGAAGAAAAUAUUGAAAUGGUUUUAUUGAAGAAAGUCUCCUCAGGUGGGGUUGUAUGAGGGCCUUAUUCAUAGUCAGUGUAUUGCCUACAGUAGAUGGCAGUCGACAUGCCCCCAGUUUGGAGAAGCAGGCAGUACUGCAAAGCAAUGUACUUCUGAGGAGGGGUCAGAGCAGCAAAAUGUAUUUUAGCCACCUAAAAAAAAAAGAAUAUUAGUUUAAAAGUACCCUAUAUUUAGUCAGACAGCCCUUUCUGACAGGAAACUGAAACUGUUAUACUGCUCUCUCCAAAGCCAGACUCCAUUGACAAAAACAGUAAUUUAACAUUGCUGAACACAGGAGCUGCUGGUCUACUGCUGCUUUGAUCAGAUAGUUUGUUUGUGUUGUUGUGUGACUUAGGUGUUUAAAAGGGAUAGUUUGAAUUCACAAAAGCCACACAAUGACGCAAAUAAACUAGCUGACUGUGGCAGUGGUAGAUCUGCGGCUCCCAUGUUCAGCAAAUUAAAAUUAAUGUUUUUGUCAAUGAAGUCUGGUGGCUUUGAUGAGAGCGUAGAUGGGGAACUGAAGCCAUUAACGGCUUCCCUGUCACAAAGCGCUGUCUAUGUCCAGGUAAGGCAGUGAAAAUAUUAUAUAGCAUACAUUCACACUAGAUUUUUUUCAGGUGGCUAAACUAUGUUUUGCUGCUGCCCCCAUCCACAGCAAUACACUGCUUAGCUUCCAUCGUGAUACUCCCAGCUGCUUCUCCAAACUGGGGGCAUGUCGACUGACAACUACUGUAUGUAAUACACUGACUAUGGACAAGUACCUCAUACAACCCCACUUGAAAACAUCUGAACUAUCCCUUUGAUGAAAGCAUAUGUGCAACCUUGAACUGCUUUUUUUAUUUGAAGAAAAUAUGGUGUUCUGUUAUUAUUUGUUGAUUACAGCACAGUGAAACAGGAACAAAGUCCAUCCAAGGCAGAGCAGAUUGUGUUUUUUGGCAACACUUCUGUCCACUCAUCUUUAAACACAUUCACUGUGUAUAUAGUGAGUAUAUAAAAGGAAAGUCGCUCUAUUAAAAUGUUGUGAUGUUGAAAUUGAAAUUGUACUUAAACCAAACACAUGUUCUUUGCUGUAACUCUAAACUAAACAUCUGUUUUUUAAAGAGCUGCAGUCUUCAGACACCUAAGGGUCAGUAAAACAAAGAGUUAUUGAUGCCGGGCUUGUUGCAUGCCUCGGGAUAUUCUUUUAUAGCAGUUCUUUAAAAAAAAAGCAUAAUUCAGCUUGUCUGCAACAGCUUUCAGUGGUUCAUCAGCGUACCCAAAAACUGCACCAGAUCUUCCAUUAUAGGGCUACACGAUAUUAGGAACAUUUGCGAUAACGAUGUUGAACAUCACGAUAAUAAUAUUACCUGUGACAAAUAGAUAUUAAAGUAUACAUAGUCCUGCCUUUCUGCAGCUUUUGGUGUACUGUUAAAAUAAAAACAACAAAAACAUGGGAACUGAACCUUGUGGUUGUGUGCCUCCACGGACCAGUGAAGUUGCAGUUACAGUUUACAUCCAUGUCUUGUCCAGACUCAUACGUAGCCAUGACACUAGACAAUGCUUCAAAUAUGGAUGUUGCUGAAAAGAAGCUACAAAUUCCUAAACGUGCCUGCUUCAGACACGUCUUCAACCCGACAGCGCAUAAGAUCUAUACAGUCACCACAGUUUCAAAGUGGACACUCAAGAUUAGUGUCACGAUUUCAGAGUCUGACCAAAUGUCUCCUCUUCUGUUCCUGAGUUAUGGUGUUGAGUAAUGGUGAGAAAGGUGUCUUUAUCGAACAUUAUGAUGUAACAGUGAAGUUGACAUGUAAUCACUUCAUUAUUUUAUUUUCUAAAGACAUUUUGGGAAAAUGUUGUCAUAAUUAGCAUAUGAAUUCUUGAGUUAUGGCCAAAUACUCAUUUUGUGAGGUCCAUCCUUGAGUCUAAAUUCCUUCAAGGCCUUCCUGAGAUACUGCGUUCACAAGACUGAGACAGAGGCCAAUCUAAUUAGUUAAUCCUUGAGUCAAAGUAGAUGUUUCACUUUGAAGUAUCCCUCAAGACGUUCUGGAGAUAUUGCUUUCACAAGAGUAAGAUGUGCGGACUGACGGACAACCUGAAAACACAAUGCCUCCGGCCAGAGCUGUCACUGGUGUGAAGGCAUGAAAGAGAAUGACAGUUAUAUUUGAAAGUGCAGUUUUCUACUGACACUUUCUUUAGACUAACUAGAAAAAAUCCUUAAGUGCAAUAUCACAGUCAGAGUUGACAUUGUGAUGAUGAUAAAAAACAUGUCAUAUUAUGCAGCCCUAUUCCAUAGUCAUUUUAAUUUCAUUGUACUACAGGGUUGGGUGACUAAUCGAAUUUCAUUUUCAAUCACUGUUUUGGCUUUCAAAUAUUAUGAAAACACGAUAGCUGAAAUAAAAAACGA